AUGCCCAAGAGGAGAGCAGAACACAAAGUGGCGAAGGCCAUCAUUCAGAUCGAGAAGCUGAGAUCGGAAAAGAAUGAGCUGACGACUCAAGACCGCGAGUUGAUUCAAUCCCUUGAACGAGGAGUGUAUCGCCGACAGACCUGGGUCGUAGCCUUGUCUCUCCUCACCCUUGCGCUCGGAAUCUUGAUCAACGAAGUCUGCGUCUCUCCCGACUAUGUCACGCAAUUUCCAAGCGAAGCUGAGCUAGAAGCUCUCGCACGAGGAGCGUCGAACUCAGCAUACGCGCGCUCUUGCGAUUGGAAGUACGGGAAUAUUCUCAAGUCGUUGUGCUCAUUAUCAGUGAUCUGCCUGCUGGUUGCAAUCUUGAUUCGGUUCAAGCAGGAGAUACAGUUGAAGCAGACAAAGAAACGUUUGCAGGAAAAGAACAUCUUCCACAUGUUUGGAUCUCAUGCCAGGGAACACCUCAUAAAGAUAACAAAGCGAGAGCUCUUCUGGCUAGUUGCUGAGCUUGGCAUUUGCAUGAUUCACCCCUUUCCUUUCUACAAGAAUGAUUAUGAAUGGAACGUGCUUGGACGGCCUCUUUUCUACCGGUUUGAGUCCAUCAUGUGUGCUCUCAUGCUCGUUCGCUUGUUUCAUCUGUGGAGUUGGAUCCUUGCGAGCUUGUACCUUCUCUUCUUCAACCUUGAGUCUUCCUACCGCACUCAAGACUUCGAGCUCAUAAAGUCCGUGCAGCAGCUCAGCCAAGACCGAGGAACAAGCUAUCGCAUGCUCUCCUUCAAGAUCGCCAUGUCUAAGAGCCCCCCAGCAGUGAUUGCAGUUUGUACCAUCAUGGUGCUGAUGCCCUGCUCGUACCUCUUCCGUCUCUCCGAAGGCCCGGCCUACGUCGAUCACAGCAGGUACUUCUGGGAUCAGGUCUGGAACGUCCUCACCCAGGCCACGACGGGCUACGGCAUGACCUCCCCCGCCACUCACAUCGGCAGGAUGGCUUGCUUCGUGUGCAUCGCGUGGACCCCCAUCGUCAUUGCGCUCACGACGGCGUCGACGACGAGCUCACUGAAGCUUUCAGGGGACGAGGAUAAGCUGAUCAAGCGCAUGAAUCUGAAUCAGCUUCACCUCAAGCUGAUGGAGGCGGCAGCCUCAGUCAUCCAGCAAUGGUGGAGGUGGAGGGGCAGCUGGCUGAUGCCGUCGGAGCUGCUGGAGAAGCAUCGGCUCGACACCAUGACAGGUUUCUACAAGGCUCUGCAUGACUUCAACAGGUUCAAGAUCUCCAACGGCUUCACCCACCUGCUGCCUCAGCUGCAAAAAGCUCCCGCAAAGCUUCGCAGAGGAAGCGGCUCCUUCUCCUUCGCCUCAACUCCCAGGAUCGAGGCGAUGCCGCGACCCGACUUGAAUCGGCCACUCCUGCCUCCCCGAACUCGCGAUGGAUGUGAAGCCGAGCAAGAAGCGCGCGCAGGGCUAAACUUAACCCCUAACCCUAAACCUCUGCAGAUCCCCUCGCUAAGGCUUCCCGAUCGCAACCUUUCUAGUUCGCAACCUUGUAACGAGAUCAUCGAGAUGCUUGCGGAUAUCACGGGGGAGAUCCGGCAUUUGAGCGAGAGGAUCGCCAGCCUUGAGGAGGAGAAGACUUCUUUUGAUGUGAGUCGUGAAGCGAAAGCAGGACAGAUCUUGACCUGCUUCAAGGUACACGCGGAUGUGAUGGAGGCGAUGGCAGAGCUCAGACAUGAGAUCCGACAGCUGAGAUCAACCAGGGCUGACGAGCAUGGAAGAAACGCGCGAAGUCGCUCGCAACCGAUGAUGCCAGCAAGCAAUGACAGGGAAGACAUGGGCAGGGAGAAGGCGAGAACGCGAGAGGAUCUCUUGGAGACGAUCUCCAUCUACUCCAACGGAAGCCUUCAGGCUCCUCCUCGAAGCCCAGGAGGGGUCUCAUGCCUGGUCUCUCAUGCCAGCGGUGACUUGGAGCAGCUCCCACCUCUUUUCCAGCAGCCGAGGGCCUCCCAUCCUCAAGUCACUCCGAGGAGCAAGAUGCGAAGGAUCCUUGACAAGGCUCGCCUUGCUCUCCUUCCUUCUCCCCGCCUCGCUGCCGACAUCUGCAUCUCCUCGCCACACGGCCACCUCAUGUCUCUACCAGAAGCUCGAGAGAUGUCGGCCACCCCCAGCAAGGACACAGCUAGCUCCCAUAGGUUGUCCCGUGAGCUCGCUUAA